GUGGCUCACGAGUUUUAUGGACAUAAUCUAGAAGUACAUGGUCGUUAACUUCUGCUGAAAUUUGAACUAUUAUCUGUAAACAUCUGUUGUGUUUGAUAGUCACUGAUUGUUUGUUGUGGGUUGGGUUGGGUGACUGAAGCCUUGUCAUCGCGUACGUUUUGCGUGACGUCAUCGCGCACAGACCAGGAAGCCUGUGAUGUGAGGGAGUAACAGCAUAGAAAAUAUCCGCUAUUUGAAUCAUCCCAACAAAAUUGGGUUCCAGGCUUGUUCGCGAACAUCCCGAGCCUUCUCCAGCUCCAGCAUCGGGUCCCGCUGAGAUGUCUUACGCCAAAGCCGACGCCUACCGGUCGGUCCCGCGGGACUUCGGCUCUGUCCUGCAGACAUGCAGCGCCAACAUCCAAAAGAUCACACAGAACACCGCCCAGAUCAAGGGGAUCGUUGGCCAGCUGGGCACACGACAAGACAACAGUGAACUUCAAGAUCGGCUACAGCAGAUGCAGCACUUCACCAACCAGCUGGCGAAAGAAACCAACAAGCACCUGAAGGACCUUGGCUCCAUCCCUUUGCCGACAUCCCCCUCAGAACAGCGGCAGCAGAAGCUGCAGAGGGACCGGCUGAUGAGCGACUUCUCGGCGGCGCUCAACAACUUCCAGUCGGUGCAGCGGCGCGCCGCGGACAAGGAGAAGGAGUCGGUGGCCCGGGCCCGCGCCGGCUCCCGCCUCUCGGCUGAGGACGGCGCCGGGGAAGAACAGCUCGUCUCUUUUGACAACCAGGAGGACUGGGCUCAGACCACCAUACAGACGGAGGAGGCGGCUAUCACAGAGGAUGACCUGGAGCUCAUCAAGGAGAGGGAGACCAACAUCCGGCAGCUGGAGUCGGAUAUCUUGGACGUGAACCAGAUCUUCAAGGAUUUAGCCGUCAUGAUCCACGAUCAAGGAGAUAUGAUCGACAGCAUCGAGGCCAACGUGGAGAGUGCAGAGGUCCACGUGGAGCGCGGCGGGGAGCAGCUGCAGAGAGCAGCUUACUACCAGCAAAAGUCCCGUAAGAAGAUGUGCAUCCUGGCACUGGUCAUGUCCGUGGUGCUGGUAAUACUGGGCGUCAUCAUCUGGAAGGCGGCCACAUGAAGGGAGGAGCCCUUCUCCGGCCCGCUCUGCUAUUUAUUCCACUCCUGUCCAGGCCUGACCGCAGGUCUUUGUGUUUUCCUGGUGGGAUCAAUGAAAAGUGUCUCUGUAAAAAAAAAAAAAACAAGGAUGAGUUCGGUGUGGAGAUGUAUCUUCAAAUGUGAUCCCCGAGACUCAGUCCAGUCUUUCUCUUUCUUCGUUGUGGAUCUGACCUGUACGGGCGGGGGGAGUAUGAGGUCGUCCCACUCUUUCGCUCUCAAAUCACUUUUAGUGUUCAUUUCAGUUCAGUCUUGCUUCCUGCACUAACGCUAACAUCUGGUAUGAAUGUGAUUUCACACGGCAUGAACACCAAUUGUUUGAUGUACAUUUUCCUUUGCUGUAUAGAUCUGUAUUGGUUGGAUGUUGUUCUUUUUGUUUUAACAAUCUUUACAUUGACACCAGUUAUUCUUAGCACCAUAUAGUAUAAGGAGCCUCAAGGGUCAGGAGGUGAUUAAGGGCUGCUGAGCGAUGACAGAAGUAGCACAACACUAGUAUCUUUGAUCACAAAAACACUUGCACAAAAAAAACGCCUAUUAAUAAACACUGCAGUUCUGGGGUCACCAUACAAAAGGCAUCAGUGGGUUUGACAUCACAUGAGGCCAAUGAGGUCGGCAGUUCCAAUAAGCUGCAUCAUUCAGCCAGAGGGAGAGCUGACUGUGAACUGGAGGGUCUGAUUCCUCUUUUAGGAGUUUCUUUGCUGAUUAAUGCAUCUUGUUUUUGUUUUUAUUUGCUGUGUUUUUAUUUGCAAAGCUGCAGACUUUUGUUGCUACUGGUGAUGACAGCUCAGUCAGAGCUCUACAAGUAACCUUUAACUUUAACAACUCUAACUUAACAUAUGUAAAAUCAAAAUGUAUGUAAAUAGCACAACAUUAUAAAUCACAUUACAAACAUUCUCGACAUUGAAAAGAACUGUACCUGUAAGAACAGCUGUUUUUACCAAUUCUUUUGUAUUGAUUUCUAUAAACUGUCUAUGCUAUAUCAAUUUGUCCAGCAGAAAUAAUAAAAUGCUUAAAUUCAUGUAA